AUGGCUAAAAAUUCUGAUAACGCUAAUCCUGGCCUCAAGACCAAAUUGGUGGCUCUAACCGCCCUCAUGCAACAACACUCAAACAAGGUGGCCGCACUGGAAGCUGAAAACACUGCCAUCCGGACCGAAAACCCCUCCAUCAGAGCCGAAAACCCCUCCAUCAGAGCCGAAAACCAGUUUCUAAAAGAGAAGCUCACUGACGCCUUCGUUGAACAAUUCACCAACAGCAAGAAACUCGAGAAGCUAUCGGCCGACCUGUACAGAGUUUACCAGAAGAAGAGAGAGCCACUAAAAGAAUACGUCAGCAGAUUCAACAAAGAAAAAAUCUCCAUCCCCUCCUGCAACCUAGAGACAGCAGUAGACGCCUUCAGAAAGAGUUUAUUCCUAGAUGGAGAACUAUACAAAGACCUGCCGAAGCUCGGCUGCUCCACGAUGAAAGACGCCCUAGCCAGAGCUGUGAUUCAAAUAAGGUGGGAGGAAGAUGAGAUGAACCGGAUGAAGCAUGCCAGGUACGACAACCGUCACCAAAGGCAGAAUGAUAGAAGGUUAGAGUCCAGAUCGAUUGAGCCCCGUUACCAACCUCCUCCACGCAAUCUGAACAAAGUCAAAAAACCAUAUGACUGCCAGCUAAUUAGAUCUGACAACAGACCAUCCAAAUCGAACCAAUACAAAGUUCCAGAGUACAACCUUAAUGUCGAACCAGCCCAGGUCAUGACAAUCAUGAAAGGGAUGGGACCUACCAUUAAGUGGCCGAAUAAGCUCAAUCCCGAAGUGAGGAGGGACACGACCAAGUGGUGCGAAUUCCACGGUGACCAUAGUCAUAACACUGCGGAUUGCAUCGCCCUACGGUUGGAAGUCGCAGCACUACUAAAGAGGGGACAUCUUCGAGAUCUAUUGAUGAAUAAAGGGAAGAAUACAGUCAGCCAGAGAACCUCGAAAGAAGCAUCUCCUCCUCCACGAGAACCUACACCAAAGGGGUUCUUCUCAAUUAUCUCUGGAGGGUCAGAGAUCAGUGGGGUAAGCUACUCCUCGGCCAAGCGCUAUGAGCCAACCAUCACCUUGAAGUCCAAUCCAUCCAUCCACCCUUUUGGUCGCACACCAACCAGGUAA